AUGGCGGCGAACGGAACUUGUGUGGCGGGAGGGAAGGGGCACGUGAAUGGCACGAGGCUGAAGCGGGGUGCUGCAGCUGGUGGUGGUGGUGGUGGUGGUGGGAUGCACAAGGUUGGUGGCGGUGCUGGUGGCUGGCGUGGCGGGCGAGGAGGCAGCGUGAUUGGUGUGGUGGGCGCGCGGAUGAGUGGCGAGCAGAUGGUGGGGUCAGCAGGCAUGGCCAAUGCCACGGGCCGCCUGGAGCUGAAGCUUGUCAAGACGGCCACUGACAUGGACGUGCACUACUCGCUCUCCCUCGCGCACCUCUCCUCGCCCUCCCCUCCCACCGCCGCCUCCAUCCACGCAGGCCGCGCCGCCUCCGCCUCUGCCCUGCUGCUGCUCGCCUUCCCCGCCUCCGCCUGGACCAACACCACCCGCCCCUUCCAUCGCGCAUCCAAUGCCACCGCUGCUGCCCCCCCUGCGGCUGCGCGCUUCAGCUACGGCGCCAGGGGCGUGUGGGGCAACGCGUCGUCCCUCUCCGCCGCUGCGGGCGGCUCUGUGGCUGCGGCUGUGAGCACCAUUCACGCUGCCCCCGCCUCCUUCCACGCUCUCAUCGCCACCUCCGCGUUCCCCCAGGGGGCUGUGCGCGGCCAGAUGGCCAACAUGACCCGCGGAGGGAAGUAG